CUUUCCAGCUUCCAUUGCAAUGCCUACCACCAACACAAUUAAUUUAUCCUUGAUUCCUAGUUACGAUUAGGGUCGCAUUUUAAGCAUAACCGACUCCAUAAGACCUUCCGGACCCGGGCCGGCAGGUUAUUAUAUUUGUAGCGCAAUCGCUCACACUCUUUGGCGGAGGCUCGAUUCCAUUGAGCCAUGGACGGAAACCAAGCAAAGCAGAUCCUCGAGCAGCAAGUGCUGACCGUGGCCAAGGCGGUGGAGGACAAACUUGAUGACGAGAUCGCGGCGCUGGACCGGCUCGACCUUGACGACCUCGAGGCCCUCCGGGAGCGCAGGCGGCAGCAGCUCAAGAAGAUGGCCGAGAAGCGGAGCCAGUGGAUCUCCCUUGGCCACGGUGAGUACUCCGAGAUCGCCGAGAAGGAGUUCUUCGCUGCCGUCAAGGCCAGCGACCGCGUUGUGUGCCACUUCUACCGCGAGAAUUGGCCUUGCAAGGUGAUGGACAAGCACUUGAACAUUCUCGCGAAGCAACAUCUAGAAACACGCUUUCUGAAAAUUCAUGCUGAAAAGAGCCCCUUCUUGACUGAUAAGCUUAGGAUUGUUGUACUGCCUACUCUUGCUCUCGUAAAGGAUGCGAAAGUUGAGGACUAUGUGGUUGGAUUUGAUGAGCUUGGGGGCUCUGAUGAAUUCAGUACAGAAGAGCUGGAGGAGAGGCUUGCUAAGUCACAAGUCAUCUUCUUUGAGGGGGAAGCAUCAUCACAUCCAACCAACCCGAGCACAACCAAAAGAAGUGUCCGGCAAUCAGAAACAUCUAAUUUAUCUGAUUCUGAUUAGUGCGGUCUUGCUUCACUAAAUGGUGCUGAGAGGCUUAGAUGAUGGUGGGAGCUUCCAGACUUUUGUAAGAGAGGUAGCAAACUGGACUAGCAGUUGAUCAGAAAUUUCUCUAUCCGUAUCCAGUGUAUCACUUAUGAUAAGCAUCAUAUUGAUUAUGCAUCCUGUUGUUUGUAUUCUAGGCAAAUCCUUGGAAAUGGUCGGGAGGUAGGCUUUUGUUUUUAAAUUGAUUUCAUUAAAUGAGAAGUAUCUAUUGGUGUGCUAAUUCUCAGCAACACUAUAAUCUGUUUUGUAGUUCUAGACAUGAAACUGCGAUAUAUCUUAAGGUGCAAUCAGGUACUAAGAUAUGUUGCCUGCUC